AUGGUGUCCUUCAAGUUCCUCGUUCUCCUCCCGGCUGUCGCCGCCACAUUCAUUCACUUCCCCGACAAGGGGGACCCGUGUGCCGACAAGACUCGCACGGUGACAACCACCAUCAAGACUGCCACCAGCACGUCGACCAGCAUCUGCAGCACCCCGUCCAAGUGCACCAGCACUCAGACUCGCUACAGCUGCCCCACCACGACUGUCCCGUGCUCCAAGACGUCGACCUGCACCAACCAGGCCAAGCAGUGCACGUACACUUCCACCUCGACGUGCAAGGCCGUCGCCGUCAAGACCACUUGCCGCCCUUGGCGCCAGGCCCGCGCCGACGAGAUCCCCGAGGAGAUGACCAACGCUGAGCGCAUCAAGCUCGGUCUCCCCCUCCGCUCGGUCUCGGACGAGCGCCGCUGGUUCCACAAGCCCCCCACUGGCCCGUCGUGCAAGCCCACCACCACCACUGUCACCAAGACGUCGACCUGCUUCACCCCCGCCGUUACCCGCUCGUACACCCACUACUGCCUCUACAAGACUGUCACGACUGUUCCCGACCCCACUAUCGGCACCGUCACUGUCACCGACCGCAAGUGCCCCACCACCACGAUCACCAACACCCCCGCGUGCUGGCUCCCCACCGUCACCACCAUCUACACUGCCACCACCACCCGCACCAUUGGCUUCUGCUAA